CACCACCACACCAGCGCACCCACAAUCCAUCACCGCGCAGCGUCACAGCCAACUCGACGCAUCUUCCGCCAUCAACCAUACCAGUCACGACGACAAUAACAACUCUCAGCGGUCGCACAUCCGACUCGGCGCAAGCUUCUGCCCACUUGCCUUCUUCGCCAACCGCAACCGUCUGAUUCACUUCACUAUCGGCCAUCGCCCAUCAUUUUCUACCGCGCCAGCGCAUCCUUUCCAUCUACUUAAGCCACUUUAAUUCAAACGACUUGCUCACCACCAGUCCUCAUUUCUGCACCGCUUUCCGACCACCACCGACCACACGGCACAUUCCAUCACACCACAAACCACAACUCGCCAUGUCUGGAAAGCUCGACCAAUCGCUCGACGCCAUCAUGAAGGACCGUCCAGCCGGCGCCCGCCGCGGAGGACGAUCUGGACGCCUGCCACCACGAAAGGCUGCUACCAAGACAAAGGCCGCGACCGCCGCCGCCGUCGCACCAGCCGGAGGUAUUGCAAAGAAGACUAAAGGCGCAAGGCCACCAAAGGGACCCGCUGCUGCGGCGCUCCCACUUACAGGAGAUAGCAAGAUUUCGGUCUCCAACCUGCCCGAGGAUGUAACGGAAGCGUUGAUUAAGGUACGUUGACCGCGCCGACUGCACGGUACACGUUUUGAACCGCAAUGUUCGAUCUCCCACCAUACGCGCACCAUUUCCCGUUGGACGCACGGAGGCUUUUGCCCACAAGGAGCUCGGUGGAAAACAGCUGAGCUGGCAGAAGGCUCUUGCUCCGCGACUGCCCGCUUGCCUAAGCACAGUGCAUCUCGCAUGCGUCAGAGCGCCAAAGAUGCAUCUUGCAUGAUAUACUCACGAACGCUGCCUGGCAAGCACGCGCGUGACGGACGCAGACGCUCAUGAUGAUGGCAUGACUUUUCGAGGGCAAGCAGUAGCAUUUGGACAGCAGCAUGCAUACACACGAGGCAACACAGGUGAAGGCGCACAAGUGGAGGUCGAGACGCUAUGCGUAUGCCCGUGAACAAUAUAUCGGUGAUGGCAACCCGAGUGCAGGCAUUGCGAAAGCUACAGUGGGCCUUGACAACUCACAGCGAGCAUGCGCAUGGAUGUCGAAUCAUGACCGGGCGGGCUUCGACAGAAGUGGUUGGUUGAUUCAUUGAUGCAGGGAUACCACUGUCCACGUGCUGCUGCUUGUCCUCUGCUGUUCGAUGUUGCCGCUCCCAUCUCGAGAGCCUUCAUCAGUGCCCUAGUGCUCGGACGUGGCAUGCCACGCGACUCGGAAUCUCUUUCCUUGGCCACUCGCUUUUUAUCAUCUCUGGAAGCCCACUAACACCGCUUGUGUUCAGGACUACUUCAGCACCUCAGUUGCCCCAGUGAAGAAGGUUAUACUCAACUAUGGACCGACUGGCCGCAGCCGUGGAUCCGCCACGGUGUUCUUCAGCCGGUCAGGUGCGGCUGCCGAGGCCGUACGCCUUGAUGGUACACCUGUGGAUGGCAAGAAGAUGAGGAUAGAAGUGCUUGUCGAUGCACGAACGGUACCUGCGCCACAAGCACCGAAGCCUCUCUCCGAACGCGUUGUUAACAAGCCCAAGAAUGCGGUCAAGAAGGAUGGAAAACAAGCUGGUGCGGCGAAGCCGAAGAACCAAGCGGCCAACACCAACGGAAGCGCGGGAGAUAAGAAGGCCAAAAAAGAGAAGUCGGGGCGUGCGGGUCGAGCCAAGGCGAAGACUGCAGAGGAGCUGGAUGCCGAGAUGCAGGACUACUUUGGCAGUGGUGAAGGUGCAGCUGCCUCGACUAAUGGCGCACCGGCCGCCACCACGAAUGGCGGAGAUACGGGCAUGGUCGACGAGGUGAUGUAAAGGACGUUUCCCAGGCACCAGGACGACGUUCGCUUGCGCUAAGUUUUGCGAGAUUCUCGGGUGGGAUCCCGUUAUUGUGAGUCUGGUUCGAGUUGAUAUUCGAGAUUGUAUCAGUACGAGUUGUGGAAGGGCUGCACGAACAUGCAGGAAGGGCUCCACGUUGGGGGAUUUGGGACAUGAAUUCAGAUAACACUGGCACCACGACCAUCAUUCUCCUUGGCCACCUCUCAGUGGUGCGCAGCAGCAUGCUCAUCGUCCCUUCUUUUCACCUCGCAUCACUCUCGCAGAGUUAGUUUCAUGAGCAACUUUGCACGGCGAGGAUGGUUCCAGAAGAUGGCCUGAUGUAUCGCUAGUACAGUACUGUGGCGUGUGGUUCAGGCCGAAUCAAUAGGUACGCUAGGAGGGACCUCCACCCGCGAGUGAUGGCCGGGGCCCGGGGGAGUUUGUUGGAGUCUUGGAGAGCUGUCCCUACCUACAUCCUACAUGCACCUACCUCCUAGGUACAUGACCUUACCUCCAGUGCUCCACUCCGCCUGGUGCGGCCUGGCAUUGGCAGAACAGGCGGGCGGAUUUGCCCCUCCUCUCAUGGCUCCUACAACGUGCGGAAGACAACCUUUUUUUCUUGGGCUUUUUCGCUCUCACCUCAGAUGACAGAUCAGGAAUGCCGUCAGUGGAGCUGCGAUUCCGUGGCAAAGGAGGCCGGGCUCGACCCCGUCUUGCUCGUGAUUAUUACCGUGUUAUUCUAGGUUAUGGACCUUGUGGUUAUCAUUGUUAUUAUUGACGAGAUCUGCUAGAGACGAGAAGCUCGAGGACAGGGCAGGGCGAGAAUACGGAGAACAAUUGCCGCGAGAGCCUGUGUCUUCUGCCGAUCAGUCCCCCGAACGACGGACGCUUCAGACGAUGAUUAUGCAUCACCGACGGCCUGCUUGGCAGUCCUGGAAGAAGACGGGAACCCUAGGUGGCCACGCUUACUAAGGCAGCAAUACGGCCCCAGACGAAGCAAAUUUCCCCGCUUUGCUGGACAGUUUUGGCUCCGGUGCCCCGCCAUGGCCGAGUGCAGAUGCGCAGCCAUGCUUUGGACCGAGAGCCAUUCACAGCACGCCGCCGACGACACGAAUCCCCAAUAUCCACCGCCAGCCGAAGCUUCCUUGUGCCUGUCUGGACAAGUGGAGCGCUGCAAAAGUGGAGCAAUGGGGACGGGGCGUGGACAUAUGGACCAGGUGAAGGUGGAGGAACGGAGAUGAUGGCCUUGCUUACCUACCUGACCUGACCUACCUAGCCUAGGCAGUGCUCUCCAUCUACCUACUUAACCCCUCCGCCGCCCAUCUUGGCCGAGCCCUUUCCUUUCCUCCAACAUCUGUUCUCGUUGGACAUUCAUUACCCAUUCACCAACGACACUACCCACCUACCCACCUACCUACCUGUUGUACCCGACCCAUCAUGUCUGAUCUCUCCGUUCAGCUCGAGACGCCAUCGUCUGGCAAGUACACCCAGCCUACCGGACUCUUCAUCAACAAUGAGUGGGUGAAGGGUGUGGACGGCAAGACCUUCGAGGUCAUCAACCCCGCCACCGAGGAGGUCAUCACCUCCGUGCACGAGGCCACCGAGAAGGAUGUCGACAUCGCCGUCGCCGCCGCACGCAAGGCAUUCGAGGGCCCAUGGAGACAAGAGACGCCUGAGAACCGUGGCAAGCUGCUGGUCAAGCUCGCCGAUCUCUUUGAGAAGAACCUCGAGCUGCUCGCCUCGGUGGAGGCUCUCGACAACGGCAAGGCUCAGUCCAUGGCCAAGGUGGACAUCAGCAUGAGCGCGGGUUGCUUGCGAUACUAUGGCGGCUGGGCCGACAAGAUCGAGGGCAAGGUCGUGGAUACCACCCCAGACACCUUCAACUACAUCAAGAAGGAGCCCAUUGGCGUGUGCGCACAAAUCAUCCCAUGGAACUUCCCCCUGCUCAUGUGGGCAUGGAAGAUUGGACCCGCUAUUGCUGCGGGUAACGUCGUGGUCUUGAAGACUGCUGAGCAGACCCCACUCGGUGGUCUCGUCGCCGCCCAGCUCAUCAAGGAGGCCGGCUUCCCACCGGGAGUGGUCAACGUCAUCUCUGGUUUCGGCAAGGUCGCUGGUGCCGCUCUGUCUGCGCACAUGGACGUCGACAAGGUCGCCUUCACCGGCUCCACUGUCGUCGGCCGACAGAUCCUCAAGGCUGCUGCUGGAUCCAACCUGAAGAAGGUCACCCUCGAGCUCGGUGGCAAGUCACCAAACAUUGUCUUUGAGGAUGCCGACAUUGACAACGCCAUCUCGUGGGUCAACUUUGGUAUUUUCUUCAACCACGGCCAGUGCUGCUGCGCCGGUUCGCGUAUCUACGUCCAGGAGGGCAUCUACGACAAGUUCUUGGCGCGCUUCAGAGAACGUGCUGCCAAGAACGUCGUUGGUGACCCAUUCGCCAAGGACACCUUCCAGGGCCCACAAGUCUCGCAAGUGCAGUUUGACCGUAUCAUGAGCUACAUCAAGGCCGGCAAGGAUGCAGGUGCCAACGUCGAGAUCGGUGGUAACCGUAAGGGAGACAAGGGCUACUUCAUCGAGCCCACCAUCUUCUCCAACGUCACCGAGGACAUGCAAAUUGUGCAAGAGGAGAUUUUCGGCCCCGUGUGCUGCAUCUCCAAGUUCAAGACCAAGGAAGAGGUCAUCAAGGUUGCCAACAACACCACCUACGGUCUUGCUGCUGCCGUUCACACCAAGAACCUCAACACCGCCAUCGAGGUUUCCAACGCCCUCAAGGCCGGAACUGUCUGGGUCAACACAUACAACACCCUUCACCACCAGCUUCCAUUCGGUGGCUUCAAGGAGUCUGGUAUCGGCCGUGAGCUCGGUGAGAACGCUCUGGACAACUACAUUCAGCACAAGACUGUGUCGAUUAGACUGGGAGACGCUCUCUUCGGUUAAAUGGAUUCGACAUGGGGGACUUGGAAGGCUGGAGCCUGGAAUUAUUUUCAUGUAAUUAUUUACGAAGUUUACGAUGAAAGUUAUGUAACAUUGAGAUGAACCAUCUGACAACAACAAG